AUGCUUCUGCAUUUGUCAAAGUGCCAUUCCUACCCGACGUCUUUGUCCAACUCAGUCAUCCCUCAUCCAUGGUCUUUGUUACCUCGCAAUCAUAUCGACCCCACGUUGCUUCCCUCUAGCCGCCUCACCCCGCCAAAGGAGCAAAUAUUCCCUGCUUGA